UUAUCCUAGAGCACAAAGGGGGAGAAAUGUCAUGGGAAACUGUUGUCCUCUUUGACAUGGACUCAAGCUGCAGCUCCUGACCGGUCCUGAGCUCAGAGGAUUGUGAGAAGAAGAGGCUAGGAAAGUUAAUCAGUGCCCUGAAGGAAGGUUUCAGCAGACCAGCAAGAUGGAGGAAAUACCUGAAGGUGGGGGGAAGAUGACCAGCCAGCAGGCUCUGUGUGAUCCUGACAUGAAGACCAGAAAAGAGCCUUGCAUCUCCACCCUCAAAUUGUUUAUUGUGGCGCUAUCCUUCGCCUGUUUCUCCAAAGCUCUCACGGGAACCUACAUGAAGAGCUCCAUCACUCAGAUUGAAAGACGUUUUGACCUCUCCAGUACACACGUUGGACUUAUAGAUGGCAGUUUUGAGAUGGGAAACUUGUUGUUUCUUGCUGUGGUCAGUCAUUUUGGAGCCAAGUUACAUCGUCCUCGACUCAUUGCUGUGGGCUGUUUCCUGAUGGCUGUUGGGGCCUUUCUUACCGGUCUGACACACUUCUUCAUGGGAAGCUACAAGUACGACACGAUCAUUCAGGUUUUCCAGAAUGACAGCGUCAAAAUAACUGCAUGUGUGGAUCCUCUGGAAAAAGAAGGUGGAGUUCAGAUUGAGCCAUCUAUUGAAGACAACAAAGCCUGUGUGAGGGAGUCUGGUUCCAGCAUGUGGAUCUAUGUGUUCCUCGGGAACGCCCUGAGGGGGAUUGGAGAAACACCGGUCACACCUCUGGGCAUCUCGUACAUCGACGACUUUGCUAAAGCUGAAAACUCACCCUUUUAUAUUGCUUGCCUCCAGACCAUCACUCUCCUGGGCCCCAUGUUUGGCUUCCUCCUGGGCUCUUACUGUGCCAGACUAUACGUGGACAUUGGAUACGUGGAUAUAGAAAGUGUGACCAUAACCCCAAAGGAUGCUCGCUGGGUGGGUGCCUGGUGGAUGGGUUUCAUGGUGUCCUCUGUCCUCCUGCUUAUCUCCAGCAUUCCCUUCUGGUUCCUGCCUCGAUCGUUAGUGAAGGAGAGGGAUGAAAGCAAGUGUGAGAGCUUAGAUGAGACAGAGGAUGUCCUCAGCAACAACCACCUCCAGCUGACUGACAUUGCAAAAGGGUUUCUUCCCGCACUGAAGCGCCUGCUGGGAACUCCCGCCUACUUCUUGCUUAUUUGUGGGAGCGUCCUUAAGUUCAACUCUUUCAUUGGCUUGUUCACUUUCAAAGCCAAAUACAUGGAACAACAGUUUGGGCAGUCUGCAUCCAGAGCCAAUUUCCUCAUAGGCGUGUUGAACCUCCCAGCGGUGGCAGUGGGGAUCUUCCUCGGUGGGUUGCUGAUGAAAAGAUAUAAGCUGAGUUUGGUCUCAGGAGCUCAGCUUUCCUUUGCCACAUCCUUCUUGGCAUACCUCCUCCUGCUACUGCAGUUUGGCACCAAGUGUGAUAACAUUCCUGUGGCUGGGCUCACUAUCUCAUACAAUGGGUCACAGAGUGUAUCGCACAACCCAGAUAUGCUCUACGCAGAGUGCAACAGAGAUUGCUCGUGUUCUGGAGAGGAAUGGGACCCGGUGUGCUCAGACAGUGGCAUCACUUACAUCUCUCCAUGUAUGGCUGGCUGCAUAAGCUCCAGUGGAUCCGGCAAGAACACGGUUUUUCACAACUGCAGCUGUGUGUCCGACUCUUACCCAGCAGGCAGCAGUACAUCUGUGAGGCUGGGCCAGUGUCCUCAUGCCAAGGACUGCAGCCGGAGUUUCACCUCCUACAUGGGUGUAUCUGUUCUCAGCUCCUUUAUCAACUCUCUAGGAGCCACGCCUGGUUACAUGGUCAUCAUCAGAUGUAUCGCACCAGAGCUCAAAUCCCUUGCACUGGGUAUCCAGACCUUGGUGACAAGGACCCUUGGUGGAAUUCCUGCACCGGUCUAUUUCGGAGCCCUGAUUGAUUCAACGUGCCUGAAGUGGUCCAUCAAGAAGUGUGGGGGAAGAGGGGCGUGUCGCAUUUAUGACUCUGCCAUGUACAGAAUGAUCUUCUUGGGUCUGAUCACUUGUCUCAGCGGUUCCUCUUAUUUCUUCGUCAUUGCUGUCAUCAUUCUUCUCAGAAGGCAGUUUCGGAAACCCGGGCGUGAAACGGAGAUGCAGGAAACAAAAGGGUCAAAGAAAAUUGAACUUCAGGCCCCAUCAAAAUCUAGAGCGGACAAGCCUAGUUCUUCUAAAACUUCCAAACCGCGGAACACUCCCACAGUUUCUGAAAGGAUCUCAACACAGCCGAUGGAGCUUCUCCAAGAUGGCAGACUCAUCGCAACCAAUAACAUCAUAGCUGGGCAGAAAGUCCAAUCCCUAAUGAAGACCACUGUUGAGUUAGCUCCUCUCCCAAGUGAGAAAGUAAUGAGAGAGAUUGAUGGACACAAGUCAGAGGAGGAGUUGAAAGAGGGGAAGGACAACUUUUGCAAGGAGGCAGAAGAGCAGAGACCGGACCAUCAGGAAGAGGACAAAAAUGAAACAGCACACAGCAAAGAGAAAGAGAGCCCACAACAUUAAGACAUUCACCAAUGUGGAUUCAAACACAGGGUCAAACAAGGUCAACAGGGGCCGUUCUGGAAAUGUUUGUAAGUUUGACCAAAUGUCACUGAUGCCCUGAUUGUCAAGUGGGGUUGCUUUUUCAACUGGGCUAAAGCAUACCCAUCUUUUUUACAGGACAGAUCUGCUGUAUUAGACCUGAGGAUUUCCUUAGCUGUAGAAACGUAGCUCAGUAUUUGACAUAAAACCGGACUUGCUGUGAAUGCGCACAUUCACCAACAAUUCAAAGACUUGAUCUAGCACAUGAUUACAUGACCGCCAUGCAAGGUUCAGACUGAAAGGAAUGUUUUUCUGUCUGUGUCAAUAAAUGGAUUCCUGAGUGGUUCA